ACCUCUCGCGACCUACUGGUUUGGAACUUGGGAGGCAGGAGGGUUUCGGCGGCGCCAGGUUCGGACUGAGCUUCGGAAAUCCCGGAACCUGCACUUGUAGACAUCACUCACUGAUCUGGAUAGCCGUUAAAUUUUUCCUCCUUCGUUUCCCUCCAUUUUCUCUGAUUUCCGCUGUUAGGGUUUUAAGCUGCUGCCGAUGGGGAGCAGACUUCCCGUGGAGCACUACGAUUUGUCAUCCGCCGCCGCCGCCGCCGCCGCUGCCGCCAACUCCUACAUCGGAACCUCAUUGCACGAUCCCAAUUCCGGGGAUGAAGCCGCCGCCGAUCAUGUUACCGACGAUAACGACGACCGCUCCUCCGCUGUCGCCAGUGACUGCAUGCGCGAGCCUUACCAAAGCUCUUUGCCACUUCACAGCAUGGGUGUGGAGGACGAGAGGAGUAGUCUUGAAAAUAAUGGAUCAUCAUGUGGUCCCUACUCAAAUUUGACAAUUGAUGAUGUUUCGCCUAUUGAAACCGCUAGGGCAAGGUUUAUGGACGUCGUCGUGAAUCAUUUUAUUGAUCCACAUGUUAUUGAGAUGUCAGAUUAUGACACUGAUUACAUGGUGCAGCAAUCGUCACAAGAAAGCAAGAGGAAGUCCAAAGAGAUUCGAUAUGAAGGCGAUGCACGCUAUGCUUUGCCACUAAUGUAUAUUGCUAAUCUAUAUGAAACACUAGUGAAUGAAGUUAACACGAGAUUAUCAUCAAUGAGUGGCAUCCGCGAGAAGACCAUUGGUGUUGCCCUUGAAGCUGCUGGUGGAUUGUAUAGAAAGCUUGCAAAGAAAUUUCCUAGAAAAGGUACUUGUAUGUUUAAGAGAAGGGAGCUAGCGACUUCAUUUGAAACAAGAUCGAAGUUUCCCGAAUUGGUGAUACAGGAGGAGAAGCGUGUGCGCUUUGUGGUGGUCAAUGGCUUAGCUAUCGUUGAAAAACCAACCAAAGUUGGUAUUGAUGAUGCUGAGUGGUUUAAGAGGCUGACUGGACGGAAUGAAGUUGCUGUUUUUGCUAGAGACUACAAAUUUUAUGCUCCAAGGCACAAGUAUAGGCGUGCUGUGUCAAAUUCUAACUCCAAUAUGCCUUGUUUGCCUGCAUUCCCUAGUCCUGAAAAUUCUUCUUCAAUGGCGACUUCUCAAGGCUAUCGAGCAGCAAACGAAGCUCAGUUUCAUCCUAUGCACGAGGGGCAUAACAAUUCUAUCAAUCACAGUUCCCAUUCGACUCACUAUAUGCUCAGCCAACAGUGUAUUCCCCCACCUCAGUUGCCUGAAAUGGUUCACAACCAGCAGCCAUCAUCGGCCCUCAACCAUAUAGCUUCUCUACAGUCUCUUGGUCACGUUGGAGGACGUCUGCAUGUUAUGCCAACAAGUCCGGCAAAGUUUUGCGACGAAUGUGGAGUUCCGUAUCUCAGGGAGACCUCAAAGUUCUGCUCUGAAUGUGGUACCAAGAGGUUAGGGACUUAGAGUCUUGAAAUCCCCAGUCAAAGUGUGUACAAAUAUUCAUCCCCAUUUGCCUUCUCCCAACUCCAAAUCGUAACUUCAUAAUGUUAACUUCGAAAUGUUGUGUAACCUCAGCAACGUAUCCUCAUUAGUUUUAUACUAAGUACUAUAUAGGAUAUUUGGAGCA